AUGCGCGAUAGUAAAAAGUUUCACUGCUUAUAGCAGCUAAACAUGUACGGUUUGUCCGCAUUGCAUUAGAUUUCGUCGCAACGAAAGGAUUCAUUACGAAAGAGAAAGAAAGAGAGAUUUUCACUCUUAAAAAGUAAAAUAAUAUUUAACAUAUUUUCCGAAUAUAUUGGUGUGCUCAUGUGAUAUAUAAUGAUACAUUGUAUCAUAGUAUGCCUAUUAGUCCUCAGUACUGGUCUCGUAAUCGGUUGGACAUCGCCUUAUUUAGCGCAAUUAACCGGUGAGGAUCCACCGUUUCCGGUAACACAUGAACAAGCAUCAUGGAUAGCCUCUUUAUUACAACUUGGACGUCUAUUCGGUGCUGUCAUUGGAUCUCUCUUCGUGGAAUAUCUUGGCAGCAAGAUGUCUCUGUUGUUAACCGGAUUGCCAAUGAUCUUUGGAUGGAUUUGCGUAAUUUGCGCCAAUUCUGUUACAUGGCUAUAUAUGUUUAGAAUAUUUUCAGGUAUAUCAAUGGGAAUGCUAUUCGCUUGCUAUCCGCUUUACAUCGGUGAAACUUCGGCGCCGUCAAUUCGCGGGGCCUUAGUAAGUUUCAUUGUCAAUACAUUGCCUUUGGGUACACUUCUCGGUAAUAUAAUGGGUCCCAAUAUGUCUAUGACAUAUUUCGGAGUUAUCAGCUUGAUAUUGACGAUAUGCUACCUAAUUGCUUUCCUAUUUCUUCCACGAUCGCCGCACUAUUUCGUGCGACGCAAUGAUAUGAAGAGAGCGGAAAAAGCCAUUCAAUGGUAUUUUCGAAAAUCUGAUAUAAAAAGCGAAUUGGAAGCCGUAGAGCAUUUCGUAAAGUCAACGCGUGCAGUAACUAUAAAGGAACGGUUGGAACAAAUAAGAAUGCCGAAAAAUCGCCGCGCUUUCACGAUAAUAAUACUACUGUUCAUGUUUAUGCAACUCUGUGGACUAAAUACCAUUACAUUUUAUAUGGAGAUUAUCGUGAGAAAGGGGAUGGUCACGUCGAUUGCGCCUUCGUCUGUAGUAAUGAUCAUUAAUGCAAUUGGUAUAAUUUUCGGCUGGUGCGCCGCAUACGCCAUCGAUCGUCUGGGUCGUAGAAUCGUGCUAGCGAUCUCAUCUUCUGGUGUGAUACUCGGCAUGCUGUCACUAGGCUUACAUUUUCAUCUUUUGAAUCUCGAUUACGAUCCCGGUGAUCUCGAGUGGCUUCUCAUCCUAUCACUGAUAAUAUUUAUGUUGAUGUACUUCGGACUCGUGCCGGUGCCAAGCACGAUGCUGAGCGAACUGUUUCCAUCCGAUCUAAAAAGUAUGGCUGGAUUCGUCAGCAGCAUGACGUCGGCUAUUUUCGCGUUUAUCGCCACCAAAACCUAUCAGCCAUUAGUAGAUAUCAUAGGCGAACAGUAUGUUUUCUGGAUCUAUGCUGGAAUCAUCAUAAUUUGUCUACUGUACUCGCUCACUUUAAUGCCAGAGACGAAAGGAAAAACAUUGCAGGAAAUUCAAGACAUGAUGGCAGGAACUACUGAAAGAUCGCGACGAAGAAACCGUGUUGAAACGGAAGAUACUUUUACGAGUUAAAUUGCAUAUACUCUUCACGAAAGCUCAGUCAUAAACAUGCUGCGGAAAGAUCAUUAUGGAUCAUAAGAUGGAAAAGAAAGAAAUAA